AUGUGGACAGUCAUCGAUUCGAGGGAUGAGGCAUCAGAAGCAGCCUACAACAGCAAUGUCCAGCUAUGGACCCUCUACGGAAUCGGCUGUGUGGUGACGUUACUUAGGACAUAUUCACAAUGCAAAGACCUGGGCUGGAGAAGAUUGCGCCUUGACGAUUAUCUGAUAUGGGUUGCUAUUGUAUUUUACACUGCGCAAGUGGCAUUGGCGUAUAGUGUCGGAAAUGCAGCCCACGGGCUCGCAAAUAACAGCAUGACAGAGGCCCAGAGAGCUGCACUGGCUCCAGACAGUACGGAAUAUCGGGAAAGGAUAAUCGGCUCCAAGAUACAAAUAGCCGGUUGGGCCACAUAUACAGCAUUGAUAAGCUCGCUCAAGUUGUCAAUGCUUGUGUUCUAUACGCGACUUAUGGAUGGUCUCGGUCGUCGCUAUCGCGUGCCAAUAUGGAUUGGAUUCGCCCUUGUUAUCGGGAGCUUCAUCGCCUGCAUGAUCACGAUUCUUGCGGCAUGCCGGCCCUUCAACAAGAAUUGGCAGAUCUAUCCUGACCCCGGCAGUAAGUUCGUGCCCCAAGAUCCUAAAUCCGGAUUUUUGCUCAUGGGUACUUUAUUAGAUUCCUGUCAACCUGCCAUUUCCAAGCCGGUGAUCGCCGCAACCUUUGCAGCAAAUCUCGCCACAGAUCCAUAUCUCGUUUUGAUACCAAUUCCCAUGCUUUGGAAAUCCAGUCUCAAGCUCAUGAAAAAAAUUGCGGUGACAAUAGUACUUGGCGCGGGGAUAUUUAUUUUGGUGUGUGCGACAAUCAAGAGUGUUUUCCUGUUGGUGGAACCCAAUAACGGAGCAUCGAUAGCAGACGAAUGGGGCACACGAGAGACAUUUGUUGCCGUGAUCACAACGAAUCUCCCGAUGGUUUUCCACCUGUUCCGAACCUGGCUAGCCCGGGGCUUUGGCAGCGCCUUUCAAUCAUCUCAGCGAACCUACCAGCUCCCGUCAGGAGGAUUCCAGAACACCGAUGGCGGGACGACUCGGAAACGAGGCCGAGGAGGCACCAGCAGCCGGGAUCCGAUUACUGUCGGCUUGACAUUCACCGAGAGUGAAGAACGGAUGAUGCAGGACAUUAAGCUGCAGACGCUGGAACCACAUGGAGGACCCACAGCUGGUGCUAUUAUGGUCUCGAACCAGAUCGAAGUCACCCAUCAGACGCGAAAUAGUCAUGCCAGGGAAUCACCUGCACCGGGGGAAGUGGUAAAUUGGUAG